GUCGCUUCUUUCCUUAGCUGCUCGCUGCCCUACCUACCGGUAGUCUGUGCAGCUCUUCUGAGACAGCUGUAGCGGGCAGGGCCUAAGGGUACGGGUAGCGCUCGUGCAGAAGACUCGCAAGAUCCAGGUCCGGUUCUCUCGUUCUUUCUCACCCAUCACUAGCUGCAACACCUGUCCUUCCCUUCUCCAUCCUCCUCCCUCUGCCUCGAGCGAACAAGUCCGGUCUUCCUCCAGACGAGCCAAAAAAAGGGGCGGGGUUGCGAAAAUUUCCGUCACAAAGAGGAGCGAUCGGAGGUGGUAGGGGCCAGUAGCCAUAAAGGCGGACCCAACAAUCGUCGAGACCAUCCAGAGACGCACCGAGCGCGAGUCGAGCGCCGCAAUGGUGCCGCCCGCCCUCGUCCGGCGAGCGGCAUGCCACGCCAACUGCCCGGCGCUUGGGCCGUGCCCCGUAUGUCCCGAGGGCAAAGCGUGCCAGCAGGUGAUCCCCAGCUCGUGCGAUGAUUGCCCCAUGUACACCUGCAUCAACGACCCCACGUCCAGCUCCGGCGGCUCCAGCGGCGGCGGUGGUGGCAGCAAGGCCGGGCCCAUCGGCGGCGCAGUGGGCGGCGUGCUGGCGGCGAUGGCGCUCGCGGGCGUGCUCUUCUUCUUUUGGAGGCAGAGGCACCAGCGCGCAAAGAGGGCUGUCAAGCGUGCGCAGCAGGACGCCAAGGUCCGUGCUGCCGGCGAGAAGUUCCAGUUGGGGGGCGGCAAGAAGCUCGGCGGUGCAGCGGCGUCCUCCGAUACCGGUGGCCAAGGGUCCUCGACGUCGUUGUCUGCGGCGACGAGGAACGGCGUGAGCGGCGAGUCGAGACGGUCGGGAGGCAGCAAGACGCCAGACAGAGGUGUGCUCGCUGCGGGUGGCGGCAGCGGUGCCGGUAGCGAUGGUCUUGGUGGCGGGCCGGUAGACAGAUUUGGUAUGAUCGACGACGACGACGAGACCGAGGACAUCAACGAUGAAGACACCGAAUGGACGGAGCUCAGGUCAGACGGCCUCACCGCCUUUCGUCGUGGCCCCGGUGCAGGCAGCGACGCCGACUCGCUCCUCGAGCAGGACCCUGCCGCGUUCAAGAGGAGAAGCACGGGCGCAGCCACGCACCUUUCGCGCAUCACAGAGGGGCAGGAGGACGAUGACGAGGACGCAAGGAGCAGAUACAGGGAAGGCUCGCUUCUCAGCGUCACCAUCCAGCCACCGCAGCCAAACAGCCCCACGGCGAUCCGAGCAGGCGAGAACGUCUACUCGUCGGGCAGCUCCAUCAAUCUCGUUGAGCCCUAUGGUGGCGGACAAACGACGAGGUCGAGGAGGACAAAGAGCGGCCAGCUCAUCCUCGACCCCUUUUCCGACCAGGCCUCGGUCCAGGAGAGCAUCAAGACUUCCUCGAGCUCGGGCCAGCCCUUUCCAUAUCGACCACCGGGCAACCGCGGCUCCGUCACGUCGGGCUCGGCAGAGGGCACGCUGUCUGUGUCGUCUGAGGCGCAUUCAGCGUGGAACUCGUUGCCCCUUGAGCAUCCUCAGCGGGUUCACCGCGCCACAGGGGCUCCCCUCGUUGAUUUGCAGGGCAAGCCGAAGCGGCAGUCGCCCUCGGCAGCCAUUUCACCUCCCUUGGGCCCGCUCGGUUCCAUCCUUCGACAGCAGCAGCAACAGCAGCCAUCGCUGAGCACCCCUCCCGGUGGCAAGCUCGAGCCAGAAUGGUCGCCUAGCCCACUCCUGCCACAUCGGCCCGAUCGCAGUCCCGACUUGAAUCUCCGUCUGCCGGACGGGGUGGAACCAGGCAAGAUUGGCGAGGACUUGAAAUCGCCCAGGAAGAUUCGUUCGCAGCCUCGUUUCUCAGAAAUCUGGAACAGCAACGAGGACGGUCAGAUGGCCAUCAGCCCAGCGGCGCCCUCAACGGCGCACUCGCAGCAGUUUGACGUCCACUACGGCGACUUCCCCGCUGAGCUUACCCAGAGCGAUGUGUACAGCCACCAUGCCGUGAAUGCUCCUACCUCGUCUUUCAGCGAGAAAGAUAAGAGGCACAGCACAAAGACGAUGCAGACCGUCUCAACGAUGGAUUCCGUUGGACUCGACUAUGUUCUCUCGGCGCCGAAGAUUGUCACGCCGGAUGGCCUCAAGAGAGUGCAGCUCAACCAAGGAAAGGCACAGCUCGUGCGUAGUCUAAGCACAGCAAAGAAGGAAGCGUCCGAGAGGGGCCUUUCCUCUCCAGACAUCCAAGGGUCUCCACGCUUCGCUGAGCAGAGCGACAACCGCUCCACCACCUCUGAUCCAUUCCGUGACGAGACAGAACGGGCGACGCAGAGCCCGACGACGACCUUUGGAGGCAAGAGGUCAGACUGGGGCGGUGAGGCGUAUGAAGACGAGUACGAUGCCAUGACAAACGACGACUCGCCCUAUCAGACACGGAUGGGCACUCCAUACACAGAUCCGCAGAGCAGAGGUCAGAGCCGAGCGCAGAGCCGAGCAUCGGGACGAAGUUUCGGCGCAAAGUCCAAUCCUCCGCUGCCGCAGCGCGACUGGGACGCUUCGCGAGACUCGAUGCCGACGGAUGUCGAGACAGACUACCAAUCACGACCGAACAGCACUGCCGGUCUCCAAUCGAAUCGCAACACAAAAGCCUCACUGCAGCAUGCCUGGACGUCUGUGCCAAUGCCACCGAACAUGUCGAGGCAGAGUACCGCGAGCUCCAUUGGCGGGUUCUCCAUCCUUGAGGGAAUCCCCUUCCGUGUCGCUCCUUCUGCUGCAUUAGCUUCAGAGGAUGGGCAACCGGGUCCCUCGCGUCUCCGGGAAGACCCUAUGCCUAACGAUGCCCAAGACAAGAUCAAGGAGGCUCGCCAGGCAGCAGCAGGGCACAGCACGCCACACUCAAUUGUCUACAUGGGCGAAGACGCGAGCUUGAUGCCGACAGCGGGCACGACUAACUCGAUGGUUCAGGGCUCGACGCCCCCGUGGGACAGAGUGAGCCAAGCGGUGCCUUCGGACGACAACCGGAGCAGCACGUCGUCAAAGGCGAGCCAGGGGCCUUUCGCAGACGAGAAUGAGAUCGCCGUCGACGGGACCGCUGUGUCCGUUCCCUUUCUGACGGAUCCCCCCGGACCCUCCUCAAAGGCUGGGUCGCGGUCCACCAAAUUUGACGAAAUUCGACUGCAGCACGAGCUCGAUGCCUAUCCCUUCCAGCGAUGAUGCACACACAUCCUUUCUUUUGUGUCCCAACCUCUGAUCUGUACAUGCGCAGGCACGCUUGUUCAUCCUUCAGUGUGGUUACUUGUCACCUUUACUACCCUACAUUCUUUGCGCCCUCGCAAUGCAAUAUCUUGACGGUACUGUAC